AUGGCGCCAAAAAGCAGUCAAUCUACGCAGCCAAACUCGUCGCAGAAGGCCACGCAGCCGACCAUCUCCAGCUUCUUCACAAAAAAACCGUCGCAGACGCCCAAGUCCACGCCGAAACCCGUUCCUAAGGCGCCUUCUCCACCUAUCAGCAACGACGCAAACCAAGAUGACGACAACGACGACGAAGAUGGCCUUCCGGUCUCGCAGUCUAUUCCCGUUCGUAAACGCGCAAUACACGAAGACGAUGCUCAGGAUACCGAUCGCUCCUCUCCCUCCAAGCGCGUUAGAUUCGAGAAAGGCGACUCGCCGCGACAGACGUCUGCAUUAAAGCUUCCAAAGAUCACUGAUAGGACCUCCAAGUUCCUGUUUUCCUCGUCACCUCCCGCACGGGAUGAGAGCCAUCAAAAUGACGACGAGGAUGCGGCGCUUUCGCAGAAGCAGAAGGAGAGGCUACACGAGAAGUUUGUCAAGAAGCUGGGUCGACCAGAUAGCUUUGCCGAAUUAAGGAGGCGCAACAAGAUUAUAGCUGAGGACAAUCCCAAUGCUAAUGGCGAGGAAGGCGACGGUGAGGAGGACGGGGAGGAGGAUGAGCCUCCCCAGAAGCCCACCAAGGGAAAGAAGAGCGUUGCGACGAAGAAGGCGAGCAAGCUGACACCCAUGGAGAUACAAUAUUUGGACAUUAAGCGGAAGCAUCUGGACACAAUCAUAGUCAUGGAGGUCGGUUACAAGUACAAAUUCUUUGGCGAGGACGCAAGAACUGCGUCGAAAGCGCUGGGUAUCGUCUGUAUACCAGGAAAGUUCAGAUAUGACGAGCACCCCUCAGAAGCACACCUCGACCGAUUCGCAUCUGCCAGUUUUCCUACACAUCGUCUGCAAGUCCACGUCAAACGUCUCAUACAAGCGAACCACAAGGUUGGUGUAGUGCGGCAGCUAGAGACAGCAGCGCUGAAAGCGGCUGGUACCAACAGAAACGCUCCAUUCGUACGGAAGCUCACCAAUCUCUACACUAAAGGCACCUAUGUGGACGAUGUCGAGGGUUUGGAGGCACCUACUGAGGGCUCAGGUGCUGGCGUACAGUCGACCGGAUAUCUGCUUUGCAUUACCGAGAGCAAUGCGAAAGGUUGGGGUACCGAUGAGAAAGUUCAGGUCGGGCUGGUGGCCGUCCAGCCUGCGACUGGCGACAUCAUCUACGAUGACUUCGAAGACGGCUUUAUGCGCAGCGAGAUUGAGACACGACUGCUCCACAUUGCACCCGCCGAGUUUCUUGUAGUCGGCCAUCUAUCCAAGGCUACAGAGAAGCUAAUACAACAUCUAUCAGCUAGUAAGACCAACGUUUUCGGAGACAGGUCGCGGGUUGAGAGAGUGGAAAAGCCGAAGACGAUGGCUGCACAAGCGUACAGUCACAUCUCGAACUUUUAUGCAGGCAAGAUGAAGUCUAGCCAGGAAGUUGACUCUGACAAGCAAGGUGCCAUCCUAGACAAGGUACAUCAAUUGUCAGAGCAUGUCACGAUAUGUCUCUCAGCGAUGAUCACAUAUCUUAGCGAGUACGGGCUGGAACAUGUUUUCGAUCUCACAAAGUACUUUCAACCUUUCAGCGCUAGAUCUUACAUGUUGCUGAACGGCAACACUCUAUCUAGUCUGGAGAUAUACCAGAACCAAACAGACUACACUUCGAAAGGCAGCUUGUUCUGGACCAUGAACCGGACAAAGACUCGCUUUGGGCAGCGGUUGCUGAGGAAGUGGGUCGGCCGGCCGCUGAUAGACAAGGAGAAAUUAGAAGAGCGCAUAGCAGCGGUGGAGGAGCUCAAGGAAGGCGACAACACCAUACCUGUCGACAAGCUGAAAUUCGUGCUUGGAAAGAUCAGAACUGAUCUCGAAAAGGUGCUCAUUCGCAUAUAUUACAAGAAGUGUACAAGGCCGGAACUGCUGGCAGCUUUGCAAAGUCUCCAGGAAAUAUCAAGCCAAUACCUGUCAGCGAAGACACCCGAGCAGAGCGGUUUCGCUUCCUCACUCCUAAGCGAAGCAGUCUCGAACGUACCGAAGAUAUACGAUGAUUUGAACAACUUUCUAGAGCGUAUCAACGCUCGAGCCGCAAAAGAUGACGACAAGUACUCGUUCUUCCGCGAAGAGCAUGAGGCGGAAGACAUCAACGACCUAAAGUUGAGCAUCGCCUCUGUAGAAGACGACCUCAACACACACCGAAAGGAUGCGGCUGCGAAGCUGGGGAAGAGCCAGGUAGUCUACGUCACGGUUGCUGGAAUUGAGUACUUAAUCGAGGUCAAGAGGAAGGCACCUGAGGAGAAGAAGGUACCUGCUUCGUGGCAGCAGAUCUCAGCCACCAAGACUACCUUGCGUUUCCACACCCCAGAAGUCAAGCGCAUGCUCCAAGAGCGAGACCAGUACAAGGAGUCACUUGCGGCAGCAUGCAGAAAGCCUACAUUGGUCUCAACACUCGACGCACUCCUUUCUCUAGCUACCUUGGCGAACCAGCCUGGUUAUGUGAAGCCUACUUUCACAGACGACAUUGAGCUCAACAUCACUGGUGGUCGGCAUCCCAUGGUCGAGCAACUACUCCUCGACAACUACGUUCCCAACGACCUUUCCCUCUCACAUGACUCUACGCGCGCCCUCCUUAUAACAGGUCCCAAUAUGGGUGGCAAGUCCUCUUACGUGCGCUCUGCAGCUCUAAUCGCCAUCAUGGGCCAAAUCGGUUCCUACGUUCCAGCGGUCGAAGCGCGACUAGGCAUGUUAGACGCCGUCUUCACCCGUAUGGGUGCCUUUGACAACAUGCUCAAAGGCGAAUCAACCUUCAUGGUCGAGCUCAACGAAACCUCUGAUAUCCUCAAAUCCGCAACACCCCGUUCCCUUAUCAUCCUCGACGAGCUGGGUCGUGGUACAUCAACCUUUGACGGUGUCGCCAUUGCGGAAGCAGUGCUUGACUACGUUAUCCGGGACCUACAGUCGCUCACGCUGUUCAUCACGCAUUACCAGCAUUUGGCCAAACUCUCCAGUCGCUUCUCCAAUGGUGAGCUGAAAAACGUACACAUGCGCUUUGAAGAGCAGAAUGGCGGAAAGGAAGUCGUCUUCCUAUAUGAAGCUACAGAGGGUAUCAGUCAUCGAUCAUACGGCUUGAAUGUAGCGCGGUUGGCAAGGGUACCGGAGAAGGUCAUCGAUGUGGCCGGGGUCAAAAGUGCGGAGUUGGAAGAGAGUAUGGGGGCGUGUAAACUGGGGAACUUGUCGCGCAUGGUGAAGGGCUUGCUGACUGAUGAAUCGGAAGCAAGUCUCGACAAGCUUGUUGAGGGUAUUGAGCAACUGUAA